AUGGAAGAGUUUAAAGAUCCAAGUCCACCUGAAAAACUGCUAGAUGACUUAAAGCUUUCUGAUCAGAAGUCUUCAGAGACUGGCCCCAAAGAUGCACAGAAUCCCCAAAACUUUGAAAGUGGAUAUACACCAUCUUCAUCCAAAGAUCCCACAACAGCAGAUGAGUAUUUCCAUGACUGUCGUGACUCCUUUGAGCCAAAAGAACCUGUGCUGGAUGAUGAAGGGAAUUUACAGAAUGAUGAGAAUAGCUCAAGGAAGCAGACAGAACUAGAUGAAGAAUACUUACUAGAACUGGAAAAAAAUAUGCCAGAGGAAGAAAAACAG